CGUCAUAUGACCCAUUCUACCGAGUCGGCAAAAGUUGAGCGAUUUUUGUCUGUGCUAAAGUAGUUCCGUGGAGUGAGUGUGUGCAGAUAGUCAUCACAGUUUUUGGGACCUGUAACUACCCUACAAAACAAAUCCAAAAUGUCGGCUGAGAACCCAAUCUAUGGACCCUUCUUUGGAGUUAUGGGGGCGGCGUCUGCCAUCAUCUUCAGUGCCCUGGGAGCCGCUUAUGGAACGGCCAAGUCCGGCACGGGUAUCGCCGCCAUGUCGGUGAUGAGGCCCGAGCUCAUCAUGAAGUCCAUCAUCCCCGUGGUCAUGGCUGGUAUCAUUGCCAUCUACGGGCUCGUGGUGGCUGUCCUGAUCGCCGGUUCCCUGGACUCCCCGGCUAACUACACCCUCUACAGAGGGUUCAUCCACCUGGGCGCGGGUCUGGCCGUCGGGUUCUCGGGUCUGGCCGCCGGGUUCGCCAUCGGCAUUGUGGGAGACGCCGGUGUCCGUGGAACAGCGCAACAGCCCAGAUUAUUCGUCGGAAUGAUUCUUAUCCUCAUUUUCGCCGAAGUAUUGGGUCUCUACGGUCUCAUCGUCGCCAUCUACCUUUACACGAAACAGUAAACAUCUGCACAGCACACUCGCCCGCCGCGUGCCCCGGGGUCCUACGGCCGCUUCGAAUCUGCUCAUCGCACAGGGAGUCGUCGCCGGUAGCCGCCUGCUGUAGCACCCCGGGACACCUCCUUCUUGUAUAGUAAAUCUUGUUGAGUACUUGAACGUUAAUCAUUUAUACGUGGCCGCUAUAGCUCCGCCGGCGCCGCCUCGAUGCUGCGGCCGCGCCGUGCUUGAGCCGCGGCCUCUAUAAAUUGUUUUUCUAUUUCCAUUUUACAGAAAUGAUUACAGUGUUCAAUACAUUAUACCAACAGCUACCGAGCGAUGACAGCAUAAUUUAUUAAUGUUUAAUUUAUUAUCGCCGGCUCAUUUCAAAUUUAUCGGUGACAAGAACACCUUUGUUACUCGUACCGACAUAUCAGAUUUUAAUUUGCGUUGUAUCCCUCGCGGACGAUGUUCAUUCUAUCUGACGAUCACGAUAUCACUUAGAUUAUUUUAGCGUUAAGGCGGAACUAAUGUACAGUUAGAGUAGAAAUUUAAGUCCAAACAAUUUAUUCUUAAUAAUUAAUGAAUGAAUGUUCCGUUGACCCAAUGGUACUGUGUACCGCGCAAUCUCUGAUUCAGAAUGUUAAACCUGGCUUGUUGCUACGAUCUAUAGCUAUGAUAUUAUGGCUUUGAGUGUUAUAGUGGACGCAUGUAUCCGUAUUACUUCUGUCAGUGCUCCCCAGGGAAGCAAGUCACAAACAUUGUAUUGCCAGGAAUCAGUAAAUAAACAUGAUUUGUACAUUCCAUAUUAUUUUGUUUCUACUUUA